ACAGCAUAAGGGAUGAUAUAAUGAGAGCCAUGGAAACCAUACAGAAUCAAAUCAAAUGCAUAAAAUUUAAACAGCGUGAUCCAGAAACAAGAGAUUAUGCCUUCCUUACCAAGAAAACAGGGUGUUGGUCUUUUGUAGGUCGUCAAGGAGGUUCUCAACAAGUUUCUCUGGAUAGCACAUGUUUUGCUGUAGGAGUAAUCAUACAUGAACUAAUACAUGUUAUUGGGUUUUGGCACGAGCAUAGUCGCUCUGACAGAGAUGAAUACAUUCAAAUUCUGUGGGAGAAUAUUAUUGAAGAUCAAAAGUCUAACUUCCAAAAGUUUGAUAUAUGGGAUAACAACCUACUUGGCGAAACCUUUGACUAUGACUCUAUCAUGAUGUAUGGGUUGUACACUUUUUCCAAGGAUGGUGCCUCUCAGACUAUGAAGGCAAUACAGGAAAAUGUUACCAUUUUACCAGUCUCAUCUAAAGUUCAACUGUCUGACAGUGACAUCAGAAGAAUAAAGAAACUCUACGAAUGUGAUGGAAUGAUUCGGCCUCCUGUACCUGAUGUUCCUCCAACCAAGUGUGAUUUCGAACUGGACUACUGUCAUAUGUCAAAUCAAAUGGAUCCAGGACUGGCUCUGUGGAAAAGAAUAAGAGGUCGUAUGGGAUCACUGAAGGGUGACCACACAACAG